AUGCGACGCCAAAGCCCCUUCGAGUUUGGGCCCUUUCUUGAUGCCAAGCAUGAGGAAGUGGAGAACUGCCGGCUCCUCGGAUCCUUUUCCGACAUUUUCAAGCUUUGCCUGAAGACGAUCAUAGAGGGAACGCGAAGCGCCGGUUCCCAGCUGGUCUUCGUGCCGUCGCAGCGGGAUGUUCACCACGACUACGUGUAUCCGCAGCCGCCCUUCUCCUAUGCCGAGUUGCCCAAGGAGGACAAGCCGCGCGUGCACUUCGUCUCCGAUCCCUGCACCCUGGAAAUCCACGGCACCGUCUUCGGCCUCACUUCCACGGAUCUGCUCUUCCACAUGGGAGCCGAGGAGAUCAGCAGCUCCCCGGGAAUCUCGGACAGGUUCACACGGAUCCUCAAGCACGUGCUGACACAGAGGAGAUGGAGCAGACGGGGCUUUUUGGUCCGAUUCCACCUGCUCGUGAAUGUGGGCGUAUCCAAGGAGGAGGAAAAGCUUCGGCUGGUU